AUGCCUUCCUCGGGUCCUUCAAGGUGCCGCAACAGGCCUUUGUUUGACCCUUACCCAAGAGAGGCUCCCAUUGACGUUCAAUCCAUCCAAAAGGAUAUGCAUAUUCCCCAGAGAGCCUUUGUCCGCUGCCGCUGUCCUUCUUGCCCUCCAGCAGGCCGCGUGAUGCAGUACCGAACCUGGCUCAAUUGGAAGGCUGAUCACAAGUUCGAGUCGGCUUCUCAACCGAGUAUCACCAAUCACAGACCCGCUGAGGCGCCCACUUUUCAAGAUGCGUCGUCUGACGUCCUUUCCCUUGUGGCAGAUCACGAGCAAACCGCUUCCGCCCUCGGUGACGAAACCAUGGAUGGUCUGGGGGCAGGGGAUGUGGGCAGUGACCCUUCUUUCUAUGAAGGCUAUGAUGACCUUCCCCCCCUGCCACCCGACAACGACGCUAUUGGCGAGACAGAAGACCGGUUGCGGUCUAUCCUCGCGAGAUGGCCGACAAAGAUACCGGAGUGUUUGAUUCCAACAUACUCGGGCCGUAACGAGAACCCCUACCGCCAUCACUUUGAGCUACGCACAACCGACCCCAUGGCAACCAUGCCUCUCCUCUACAGGGUAUUCGCUGCGUUCAUCGUCUUCCUCACAGCCUUUGCUGGGGUUGCCCAGCGAUAUGGUGACACGGCGAGAGCCAUCAUUGAAGUCAUCAUCAAGCUGGCCAUCUUGGAAGAUCGCCAAGCGACAUGA